AUGCUUCUUGACAGCCAAGCUCCUAAAAAAUCCACGCCGGUGCUUGCACGUGGUAAAUCCGCAUCCCUGCCACCCUUGCUGCCACUCUCACCGGCUGCCUCGCUGCCUGCCUCGUUUCCAGAUGACUCAACACGUGCCACACCGACAACACCUACUGAACCCGAACCCGCAUCAUGGCCAUCACCGGACUCAGUUCCGUCCCAGCAACCACGGUUGAUGCCGAAACCCCAGUUCAGUUUCACAGAGAGGGAGUUGGAAAAGGAAAUCGAAAGGGAGCGGUACUCCACCACUGCCCUUCCCGUGCUGCUCCCCUGGAGCCACCUCCGUAACAGGGUUACCGGCAUGGCUCUUGCGGCGCAAGCGAGCGGCAGUGUUGAGGCGAGGGAGUUUGAAGACAGCAGCCUGCAGCAGCAGUGGCGCGCUGUGAGUGUGGGCAGUGUGGCAUCCGCACCUGCAGUCUCCUACUUUUUCCUCCAGAACCGCGCGUCUGGGUUCGUUUUGAGGCAUUCUUGGUGGGGCAGCCACGUGGCAGCUAGUGACUGCCACGUGGCAGGGCAGCACAGCCAAUGGGAGCUGAGAGGCGCGUGCGGAGGGUUCUGGGCGGUUAAGAACCGGGGCAACGGGAAGGUUCUGGAUCAUUUCUUCGGGAUAAGCAUUCAGGCUUAUAGCGAGGAUGAGCUACAGUACCACCACCACUGGACCAUCACCCCUGCAGGGAGCACUGGUGGGAAGGCGCACUGGGAGCAGGAGGAGGACGAGAGCGGUGACAAGUGGUGCAAAGCGGUGCAGGGUGGUGGUGAGGGGUCUGCAAGCCUUGCACUCGUAGUUGACCGGCUGUGGAGCUAUGUGUUCAACCGGGACAGUGGGAAGGCGCUGGCUGUGUGUGAGGAGAGCGUUGAGGCUGUGGAUUACGAGUGGGGUGCCUUGGAGCAGCAGUGGCGCGCAGUGAAGACGGAAAAGGGUUACCACGUGCUACAGAAUCGCGCGAGCGGGCUGGUCCUGGAUCAUUACAGCGGGCGGCGAAUCGGUGCUUAUGAUAAUGAUUUUAAUAACGAGUUUCACAAAUGGCAGCUGAGAGAUAUAGAGGGAGGCGUGUACGUUGUACUGAAGAACAAGAAAAUGGGUAUGGUGCUGGAUCAUUACUAUUGGGAGCGGUUGGAAGCGGUGGGAUGCGAUGAGAAGAACAAGGCGCAGCACUGGAGGGUGGUGCCUGCCAGGCAAAUGGCCCGAGAGGGCAUGGGUCUUCAGCCCUCCCCUGAGAUCGAAUCUCUAGUUGCAGAUUUGAUUUCUCUCUGGGAGAGAGACAGUGUGCCCAAGGGGGAGCUGAAGGGGGUGUAUCUGGUGCCGGGCGUCAAGCCUCGUCACGGCAUUCGGGUGGUGAAGUCGGGGUUUAAUCGCAGCCGUCAGAUCCAUCUGCUGCAAGUGACGAUCCAAGGGCUGGCGUUCGCGAGUGUGGCUGUGCCGGCGGGAGUAGAGGUGGGGAGGGGGAGGAUCCGGGCGGCUCUGAGGAGGAGUGCGGAGGGGGGAGGGGAGGUGGCGGUGGUUGACUCGCUUGACUUGCUGAGAGUUCCCGAGGUAGAGGGGCCGUUGGUGAACCUUGCGGUGUUUGUGGGGGUGGCUGCGGAGCAGGAGGAUGGGUCAUGCCAAGCCGACGGGGGAGGGGAGGUGGUGGUGGUGGUUGACUCGCUUGACUUGAGGUUGCAGUAUGGGAUGGGAGUGAAAAGGGUGUUGACUGCAUGGGAUGGGAGUGAGGUGGUUGGUUCUGUACAUAGUGUAAAGGAGGAUGGGUCAUGCCAAGCCGACGGGGGAGGGGAGGUGGUGGUGGUGGUUGACUCGCUUGACUUGCUGCGGGUUCCCGAGGUGGAAGGGCCGUUGGGAAACCUUGUGGUGUUUGUGGGGGUAGCUGCGGAGCAGGUCUGCAGUCAGUGUGACUAUCUCGCGCCGCCACGGAUGGAAGGCGACCCGACGCCCGCGCCGCCCACGCCGAGGCCGGGGGGCUCGCCGCGAAUCCUCGUGGCCGUCGACGAAUCGGACGGCGCCGAGGCCGCCUUCCGCUACGCGCUCACGCUGCUGAGGCGCAGCGACAACAUCUAUUGGCAGCAUGGAAGGCGGAGGCUCAGCAGGGGGGGGCGGGAAGCAGCAGCAGCAGCAGCAGCAGGUGGUGAGGUGCAGGCAGCGAUUGAUGCGCGGGUAGACGCACUGCUGCACCGCUAUCGCAAGCUGGCUCAUGGCAAGGGGGUGACCUGCCACGGCGUGUCGCGCAAGGCCAGUGACCGGCGGCAGGAGAUAUGCGAGGCGGUGGUGCGGCAGGACAUAGAGCUGCUCGUGGUGGGCACGAGACAGCUCAGCGCUGUUGCCAGGUGA